GACAGUGAAAGCUGGUAAGUAGACGGAGAGAGUAGGUGAGCAGCAGCAACAGUUCUCUCUAUAUAAAAGCCAACGAUUCCCCCCCUUUUUUUCUCCCUCUGUCAUCUCCUCUUCCAAGAUCGCUGCGAAAAGGUUGAACAGACAGUGACCAUAUACCCACCAGAUAAUUGCAAUGGGAUUGGGUGGGUCCUCUUCGACAUCAUCGGUUGAAUCCCCAGGGAAAAACAGUUUUAGGAGUGACUCCUUCUCAGAAGGAAAAGACUCUGAAAGUGUACUAGAGAAAGGGUGUCUCUCUAUUGUUGUGCUUGGUGCUUCAGGAGACCUUGCCAAGAAAAAGACAUUCCCAGCACUAUUCCAUCUUUACCAGCAGGGAUUCUUACAACCAAGUGAAGUUUACAUAUUUGGGUAUGCACGCACAAAGAUUUCGGAUGAUGGUUUAAGAGACCGGAUACGUGGACAUCUUAGUCAAGGCAAUGGAACAUCCAGUCACUCCGAAAAUGUGUCAGAGUUUCUGCAAUUGAUCAAAUAUGUCAGUGGUUCUUAUGAUACCGAAGAGGGUUUCCGGUUGUUGGAUAAGGAAAUCUCAGAGCAUGAAAUAUCGAAAAACAGCCAAGAAGGCUCCUCUCGAAGGCUCUUUUAUCUAGCACUGCCUCCAUCCGUUUAUCCAUCUGUCUGCAAAAUGAUUAGAAAUUAUUGCAUGAAUCGAUCUGAUCUUGGUGGAUGGACUCGGAUUGUUGUUGAGAAGCCUUUCGGCAAGGAUUUGAGUACUGCAGAAGAUCUGAGUGCUCAGCUGGGAGAGCUGUUUGAUGAACCACAGAUUUAUCGUAUUGACCAUUACUUGGGAAAGGAAUUGGUGCAGAAUUUGUUGGUGCUUCGUUUUGCAAAUCGCUUUUUUUUGCCCCUCUGGAACCGCGAUAACAUUGACAACAUACAGAUAGUGUUCAGGGAGGACUUUGGGACUGAAGGCCGGGGUGGAUAUUUUGAUGAAUAUGGAAUCAUUCGAGACAUCAUUCAAAAUCAUCUCUUGCAGGUUCUUUGUCUGGUUGCCAUGGAGAAGCCCGUGUCUCUUAAACCGGAGCACAUCCGGGAUGAGAAAGUGAAGGUUCUUCAAUCUGUCCUACCCAUAUCAGAUGAAGAGGUUGUUCUUGGACAGUAUGAGGGCUACAAAAACGAUCCAACUGUUUCAAAUAACUCGAACACCCCUACGUUUGCAACUGUGGUUCUUCGAAUACACAAUGAAAGAUGGGAAGGUGUUCCUUUUAUAAUGAAGGCUGGAAAAGCAUUAAAUUCAAGGAAAGCAGAAAUUCGUGUUCAAUUUAAGGACGUUCCUGGUGAUAUCUUCAAAUGUAAAAAGCAAGGUAGAAAUGAAUUUGUUAUACGCUUGCAGCCUUCGGAAGCCAUGUACAUGAAACUUACGGUCAAGAAACCAGGUCUAGAAAUGUCAACUAUACAAAGUGAACUAGACUUGUCUUAUAAGCAACGCUACCAAGGAGUGACGAUUCCUGAGGCGUAUGAACGAUUAAUUCUGGACACAAUUCGAGGAGAUCAACAGCAUUUUGUCCGCCGAGAUGAAUUAAAGGCGGCAUGGGAGAUUUUCACUCCUUUACUACAUAGGAUUGAUGAAGGUAAAAUGAAGCCACUUGCCUACAAACCAGGCAGCCGCGGCCCGGUGGAGGCAGAUGAGCUGCUUGCAAAAGCUGGUUAUGUGCAAACACAUGGCUAUAUAUGGGUACCGCCUUCUCUGUAAUGACAUGAUGGCCUUUGCUUUGAUGUGAUAAUCGUAACUCCUUUUUCUAGAUGAGCGGGCACAUAUAACAAAAAUCUCUAUAUAAAUAUGUAAUAAGAAGCCCGAACAGCUUAUCCAUCCCACUUUUCAGAAGAGAGAAGAUGAUGCAGUUUGUAUUAGUGAUAUGUAAUGUAACAUUAUCCUAUUUUUUUUGAAUGUUGUGGGCAUUUGACCUUAAAAGUUUUUAUCAUUAGGAAAUAAGUUGCACCUUACUGCA